GGCCUUCCAGGAGCUGCGGUGGGCCCGCGCCGCGCCGCCGUAGAGCCCCUGGGGAGGGCGCGGGCGUCAGGGUUCCGGGCCUGGGCCUUGGGGUAUGGUCGAGGCGUGUCGAGAGUCCCAGAGGUGCAGACAAGCAGCCUGCUGGGGGUGGAGAUGGACAGCAGGAAGCUAUCUCCCCUGGGGAAGAAGCCAGAGCCACCACUCUCCCCGGAGCUCAGGCAGCCCUCUCCCUCACUGGGCAGGACGGCAGCCUGGGCUCAGCCCAGUGCCCAGAGCAGUGCUCAGCAGGGACUGCAGACUCAGGACUGGAAGCUGCAUGCCUCUGCUGGGCACUGGAGGAGCUGCCUGAGGCCAGGAGAAGUGAAUGAAUGGCCAAGGAGCUCCAGACAUUUGAAGUCGGCACCACUUGCAGGCAAUGUGACCGUCUGUCCUGGUCAAUCCAGGAGAAUCGGCUGGAAUCCACAUACAGUAAGCAGGUUCAGGAAGAGGGUACCAAAGACUGCACAGAAAUCAGUAGCUUUUGUAGAUAUAAACAACAGGCUCUAGAAGAUAAACAAGUGAAAAAGACCAGUUUACCUUUGACAGCAGCAAUAAAGGUAACAGGAAAUAAUCAAAACCUAUUUGAGGGAAACUUUAAAGCACCCCAGAAAGUUACAGAGAAACUGGAACCACAGAGAGACUCCUGAAAGCAUUUUAUAAUCCAGUGUAAUCACCAAGUCAUAGCCGUUGAUGGGAUUUAAACUGCUCAGAGCCACUUCUUGUGUGGAGUUGGCAUCACCCUGAUGCCAGUGCCAGGGAAGAGGAGGAGAGGCAAAACAGGAAAAAAAAAGGAAGACGUGCCGAUCUAACUGUGGGCAUGGACUGAGAAAUGCUGAAUAAACAGUAAACUGAAUCCAGCAGCAUCUCAAGGCCAAUGUCACCACUCUUAUGAUGUGCCCACAUGCAAUCCCACUGCCAGGGGAGCAGGAGCUUGGGUCUGCUGUUCGCAGUCUGUCCCUAGUGCCUAGGAGCACACCUGGCACAUGGUAAGUGCUCAAUGAAUACGUAUUGGAUAAGUGAAGUUGUAUAUAUAUAAAGGAAAGUUGUAACCCAAGGACAAAGGAAUUUAGAAAUCUAUAAA